UAUUAGGUUUUAUAAAUUCCAAUUCUUCUGCAACAUGGGAUUCUCAUCAAAAAAAUGGGCACAAAUCAUAUCUAAUUUCGCCUCCCUUUUGUACUUUUUCAUAAUUAUUGUCCAAGUCCCACUUUUCAGAGUUCCAUGUAGAAUAGGCACUUGCCAAACACCGGUGGAGGUGAUGGCCUGCGCGGGUGGAUUCCUCCCUGAAUUUGUGGUGAAGGCCCUUCUCUACCCCGGAGCAGUUAAACGAUCUCUGAUGAAGGGCGCAGCCGUUCCGAGCCCUGAUCAACUGCUGCAUCCUUACAAGUUUAAGAAGGGUAAACCAACUGAUCUCAAACAGUUGGAGGUUAUUGCAGGUAGCUACCUCUCUGUCACGGGUGCCUUUCUCGGGCUGCUGAGGCAUGGGAGGAUGAGUUACUUCGGCCUAAUCCUCGUCCUAUGGGGCAUUGCCAAGGAUGUGUUUGGCGGUAAACAUGCAUCAGGUGCUUGCCUAUUUCCGGAGAUGGUUAUGACUAUGGUUAUCGCGUUCUUGUCUAUGAGACGGGACGUGAGGAAGCUUCUCAAAUGCUGCAAGCCCGGCCGCGUGGCUAGACAUCUCAAGAAUCGGUCCAAACCCAAAUAUAUGUUAGAACUUAGAGCAUUCCAAGGGAGAAGGGGAAAAUGAAGAGGUAAAGAGAAUUAUCUCUUCUAUAUAAAAUUUUAUUCUCCAAGGGAAAGGUAUAUGAGAAGGUAUUAUACCUUCUUUCAUUUUGAG